CUUCCAUUCUCCUUGCCCGGUCGUCGGCCAUUGCUGGACGCACUGUUGGCCAUUCUGUCGCAAUGAUCUCUCUUUCUACCUCAUCACGUGCUCUUACUGCACGCCUUGCUGUUGCUGCCACUUGCAACAGUCUGCAUGCUCGCACAUUCCUGUCUGUCGCACGGCCUGCCAUUGCUGCUACCACUUUCCGCAGUGAUAUCGUCACACCGUCCAUGUUUCAAAUGCGCCUCAUGUCUGAUAAAACCGUCAAGACUCCAUCAAUGGGUGACUCGAUCACGGAAGGAACUCUGACUCAAUGGCACAAAAAGGUUGGCGACUAUGUUUCUCGCGAUGAACAGGUUGCUACCAUUGAAACUGACAAGAUUGACAUUCAAGUCAAUUCUCCCGACUCUGGAAAAAUCACCGAGUUAUGUUCUAAUGAGGGCGACACUGUUGCUGUCGGAGGAAAUCUAUUUAAGCUCGAACUUGGCGAAGUUCCGGCUGGUGCUGCUGCUCCUUCAACACCAGAGCCCCCCAAGGCACCAGCUGCUGCGCCAAAGGCUGCAGUCAGUGCACCUGCUCCGCCUCCUAAAGCACCAGCCUUUUCUCCUGCUACUCCACCCAAGGCUGCAGUCAAUACACCUGCUCCAUCCAAGGCUGCAGUCAAUACACCUGCUCCAUCCAAGGCUGCAAGUCCAGCUGCUGCUCCGAUUGCUGCUACUGAUGAUUUCCCAGGAUACGCGCCAGGUGUUCGCACUGAGCGUCGCGUCAAGGUCAACCGCAUGCGUUCUCGAAUUGCUGAACGUCUCAAGGAAUCACAAAACACUGCUGCUUCUCUUACCCAAUUCAAUGAGAUCGAUAUGUCUAGCCUUAUGGAGCUUAGAUCAAAAUAUAAGGAUCAGGUGUUGGAAAAGCACGGUGUCAAGUUUGGAUUUAUGGGAGCCUUUGUCAAAGCCUGCGUCCAGGCUUUGCAGGCUGUUCCUGCUGUUAAUGCACGUAUGGAAAAUGAUGAAAUUGUCUACAAUGACUUUGUAGAUGUGAGUAUUGCCGUUGCCACGCCAAAAGGUCUCGUCACUCCUGUUGUCCGUAACUGCGAGUCUCUGUCAAUGGUCCAAGUUGAACAGUCGAUAGCUGGACUCGGCAAAAAGGCUCGCGAUGGCUUGUUGUCUCUUGAAGACAUGGUUGGCGGUACUUUUACCAUUUCCAAUGGCGGUGUUUUCGGAUCGAUGAUGGGCACUCCUAUUAUUAACCAGCCACAAUCUGCUAUUUUCGGCAUGCACGCCGUCAAGGAUCGUGCUGUUGUUGUCAAUGGACAGGUUGUUGUUCGUCCAAUGAUGUAUAUUGCACUUACUUAUGAUCAUCGUCUUAUCGACGGUCGUGAGGCUACUACAUUCCUUGUUAAAGUCAAGGAGGCCAUUGAGGAUCCCCGUCGCCUCCUUCUUGAUGUCUAAUCUCAUCAGUGGAUCAUGACGAUCUUUUACAUCCACGUUUCAUUUUUCACUCGAGUCUAUCCCUCUUCAAAUACAUGAUCCUCUACUUUUUG